AUGGGUUAAUAAUAAUAAAAGUAAUUAAUUGUUUCAAACUAUAAUUUAGAAUAUGAUCUUGAAAAGUUUUUAAGGACUGAGUUUUCUUCUCAUUUUACUCUCAAAAUAACACUCUAACAUUUGAGUUCUGGUGAUUCUUUCAUUUUUGAUUUGAGUAAAUCAAUAGUUUAAUGCAAUAAUCUUUAAGAACUUACUUUGAAUUUAAAUGAUUGCUUUGUUAGCAUAAAGGGAACAACUUAUUUAAGCUAAAUUUUACCAAAGCUUUAGAAUUUGAUUACUUUGAAAAUUGAUCUAGACUGGAAUCAUAUUGACUCUAUUGCUGUAUAAGAUUUAAGUUCUGUAUUUUCGAAUUGUACUAAACUUUAAAAUUUGAGCUUCAAUGCAUCCAACAAUUUAAUUACAGACUAAGGUGCAUAUGAGUUAGCAUUUAAUUUGUUGAAUUGUAAAAAUGUCAGAAAUCUAAGUUUAUAAUUAAACAACAAUUAUAUUACUGAAUAAGGUGCAUAUUAGUUUGCAUUAAUUUUGGCGAAAUGUGGAAAUGUCUAAAAUCUAUGCUUGUAGUUAAAUGGAAUUGGUAUUCAAUUAAGUAAUAGAUUGAAAUUGACAAUGAGACUUCUAAAAGCUAAGAGAUUAGUCCAGUUAUAUACUUCUUUUAAUUGA